CGGUUUUGAACGCCCCCUGGUUCUCAUUGUGCAGCCGAGGAAACAUCGGAAGGUUUCGACGACGUUGGUAUGAAAUGGCAGAAACUGCCUGGGUCGCGGAAGCACUGAGACUAGGUUGCGUAGAAGCUACACAUGUAUCUUGCGGUGUUCCCAGCCUGCUAGUGUGACGAAACGGGAGUGUAACCGGAGGGAAGAAAGGGAUUAAAGCGCUGUUUUCCUCCUAAACACCGUCCAGCUUGUGUCUCCGGCAGCAGGCAGCGAGUGGCGACUGCGGGGUCGACACUGUUGGAAUUAACCAGAGAGGGGUCUUGAGAGGCGAGCUCCAUUUGGAUGCCCAGUCACCGAUUUUGUCCAAGACUUCACCAUGAACCGAAACAAGCGUGAAAGGGAGUACUACAGUAUAGAUGUGGGCGAUUCAACUUUUACAGUUUUAAAGCGCUACCAGAACCUAAGACCCAUUGGAUCCGGAGCACAGGGAAUUGUUUGUUCGGCGUACGACCACAACUUGGAGAGGAACGUUGCCAUCAAGAAGUUGAGCCGACCCUUUCAGAAUCAAACUCAUGCAAAACGGGCCUACAGGGAACUGGUGCUAAUGAAAUGUGUCAACCACAAGAAUAUUAUCGGGCUGUUAAAUGUAUUCACACCACAGAAGACACUGGAGGAAUUCCAAGAUGUGUAUCUAGUAAUGGAACUGAUGGAUGCCAACCUCUGUCAGGUGAUUCAGAUGGAGCUGGACCACGAGAGGCUGUCGUACCUGCUCUACCAGAUGUUAUGUGGAAUCAAACAUCUGCACGCCGCAGGGAUCAUACACAGGGACCUGAAACCCAGCAACAUCGUGGUAAAGUCCGACUGCACACUGAAGAUUCUGGACUUUGGUUUGGCCCGGACGGCCGCCACUGGUCUCCUCAUGACGCCCUACGUGGUGACGCGUUACUACCGCGCCCCUGAAGUCAUCCUGGGAAUGGGCUACCAGGCCAACGUGGAUAUUUGGGCUGUGGGCUGCAUUAUGGCAGAAAUGGUUCGCCACAAAAUCCUUUUUCCAGGAAGGGAUUAUAUUGACCAGUGGAACAAGGUGAUCGAGCAGCUGGGGACGCCAUCUCAGGAGUUCCUGAUGAAGCUCAACCAGUCCGUGAGGACCUAUGUGGAGAACCGACCACGGUAUGCUGGCUACAGCUUCGAGAAGCUCUUCCCUGAUGUCCUGUUUCCUGCAGACUCUGAGCACAAUAAACUGAAAGCGAGCCAAGCCCGUGACCUCCUAUCAAAGAUGCUGGUAAUAGAUGCAUCAAAGCGGAUCUCGGUGGAUGAGGCUCUCCAGCACCCCUAUAUCAACGUGUGGUACGACCCAACUGAGGUGGAGGCACCACCACCGGUGAUCACAGACAAGCAGCUGGAUGAGCGGGAGCACACAGUGGAGGAAUGGAAAGAGUUGAUAUAUAAAGAAGUGCUAGACUGGGAAGAAAGGACGAAGAACGGCGUCAUCAGGGGACAGCCGGCGUCCAUAGGUGCAGCAGUGAGCAGCAGCCCCCAGCAGCACCACCAGCACCAUCCCUCCACUUCUUCCUCCACCUCCGCCAACGAUGUCUCCUCAAUGUCCACCGACCCGACCCUGACCGACACCGACAGCAGCCUGGAGACGGCGGGCCCUGCCGCCGCCGCUGCUACAGCCUCCGGCCCAAUGGGCUGCUGCAGAUGACUAUCGCCUACACCUGGUUCUGGGCUGGGCCACACCACCUGGUCACAUCCAAGACCACCAGCCCGACACCGGCCCCUAGACCCACCCGCUGUGUUUGCCUCCCCUCCGUGCUCGUCUUCAGUAGUGUAGCUUUAACUAGCUAGCUGUUUGAAACAUUUCUGAAAGGACAGAUCUUUUUCUUUUUUAAUGAAAGCUGUAGUCUUUUUCUUUUCUUUUUUUUUUUUAAAAAAACAAACAAAAUUAGGAUUUCUUUUCAGUUGAGUCCUAGCUGUAAUUUAUUGUGGAAUUUCUUAAUUUUUUCAGAAACCUGAGAUGAUCAGAGAAUUUUUAUCAUUUCACUAUAUUCCGGUUUGUAUGAGCCAACAGUGAAAAUUUAAAGAAAUAUCUGUAAAAUGUUUCAAUGUGAUUUUUUUUUCCCACUUGUUAAGCUACUGCUUUUACAAUUUGCCAUAUACAUGUAGAUUGAGUUUGUACAGAUUUUAUUGUAGAUGUAGUUUUACUCUUCGAUACAAGUUUGCAGUGAGCCAUUGAAAACCUAAUUUAAUUGACAAACUUUGUCUUAGCACUCCCCCCGUUUCUAUUCUCUCUCCCAUAAUGUGGAUAUUAGAUCAUAUGUAUAUCCUUUUAUUUGAACUCUUUUGAGUCAGUACUACAUUCUUCAUUGUAAAUUUUAACUUUAACGAAAGCUUUAUAAUCAACGUAUUUUUCCCAUCAUUUAAAAAUGCUGACAUUUUCUCACAAUGUGAUUGAUUUUUUUUUUUUUUUUUUAACCUCUUACUACAGGAUUGGUUAUGGCACAGUUGGGUCCUGCAGGAUAUCCUCUCGAUGACUGUCUUCUGUAUUAUUUUUAAGUGCUUUUAAAGUACCUCUUAUCUGCAGAUGGCUGUGCGACACGUUGGAAGUAGAUAGGCGGAAUAGUUUCGGUAUCAAUUCAGGACUUCAGAAUGUUCUUCAUCGUGCUUCGGGAGGUUUUUGUAAGACGUAGAGUAGUUUGAGGUUGUGAAGUCGGCGAUGGCGUAAGUGGAAUGUGUUUCGGUCAAGUAGGGCAACGUGAUAUUCGAGAACGCAUGCGAACGUGUUGAUAUUUGGCAUCUCUGAGCGACAGCGGUUAGGUGUAAAAGGUGUGUGCCUCCUUACUCUCAGAUCCCGUUAUUAGUAAUGUGUUUUUGUUUUUAAUUUUCAAUUUUUUUUUCGUAAUAAUCAGCGAACACUUUGCGAACUAGACUUGCCUGUAACUAUGGAUCAAACAAACUAUCUCUAUAUAACCUAGCAGCACAAAAACCAGAGUCAAAAGAAACAAAUUUUUUCUUACUGUAUGCAAUAAUAGCGUCCUGUUUUAAGUGUAUAUGAUUUUUGUGUUGAAAGGAAAAGUGCCUGUUGUUUGUCAUUCAUUCCUGAGUGCGUUUAGGAGGGAGCAUUUUAUCCGUCAGCUUCUGGAUAACAACAGUAGUUUCCAUGUCAGAGCGGUGACGUGCGAGGGGAGGUCGUAGUUCUCACGAGCGUGUUGUAUAUUUUUCUACUUGUUUUGGUUUUGGACUGUUGAGCAAGAGACUGCGGUGUCUUGCAGGAGAGGGUGGUGGUGACGUAUGCAUUGAGGUGCUUAUGCAUUUGUUGGAGUCAUUUCAGAAGAGGCAGUUUUAUCAAGGUCUUUCAUCAAAGUAAAAAGAAGUGUUUCUUUGCAGUGACAGCAACCAACAUAUAGAAUAAUGACAAUUUUUAUACAUGUAAUUUUCUUUAAGUAGUUCAUUUAAUUUGUUGACUGAUGGACAGAAAAAUUAAGUGCUGGAUCAAACUAUAUGAGCAAACUCUGCGACUGAAUUCAUGCUAGUAUUUUAAAAAGCUUUGGAUAAAGUUUAAUAUUAGAAAGGCAGAUUGACACUAUAGUAGAAAAAAGGCAGAGCCAUGCAGCCACAUCCACAGCGCACAUAACACUUGUAUUAACUGAAAAAAAUGUCCUUGCCAUAUUGAAUCAGCUAGCCAUAUUAGCUUAUUUCCUGCAGCAAAUCUGCCUGCCACCAAAUGUUUGCAUAAUAUUUAUUUAUGUGAUGCGCUCUCACGUGGUUCGUGGAUGCUGACAGCAGAGGAGUACAUGCUACAGUGCUAGGAUUGUCAAAUUGUGUAAGACAACACCGUCUGCAUCCUGUUGUUUUCAGUGGUGACGUUAUCUUUAGACUGUAGCAUACACUGUAGCUCCACUCAGGCAACUUCUCUGCCAGAUAUUUAACCAUUUAUUAACGGCAUGAUUUCUCAAAUAUUAACACCACUGAGGGCCUUGUCGGUGUCAGGUUCUGAAUUCGCACCCUAUUCAUGUUAUUGAUCUAUAACAACUAGUAACUUUACAUCUAGUGGUUUUUACUCAAUCAGGUUGAACCAUAAAAUAUGUCUAAAUAGCUGAAAAAUUAUCUGUAGUAAAAUUAAUGUAAACGCCUAAUAUUGCACCAGUCUGUGAUGGCUAAUGCUCGCUAAUAGUCCUAAGCUGGACAUAUUACAUAAGCCAGCUAGUUAUCCAAAGGCUUAUCAGAUCCAAACUUAUCAGAUCAACAGUCACACAUUAUUCAAAACAGAUUUUCCCAAAGGGCAGCACGUUUUCUUUCCUGAGCUAGCAUGUAAUUUAUUAGUGAAACAACUGUUUGUUUGUUUGGGUUUUUUUUUUUU